AUGGAUCUGAGGGGGAUGCUGAACGACAACGGGCCUGCCGGGGCAGCGCCGAGCAAACCGCCCCAGCCGCCACCACUGCUCCCGCAACAGCAGCAGCAGCAGCAGCAGCUCCAACCGCCGCCGCUCCAACCGCAGCCCGCCCUCCCAUCGACGCCGGUACAGACCAUCUCGCAGCAGUCGUUCCGCGACUACAGCCAGACGCAGCCCUCCCCGAGCCGGCAGUUUUCGCAGGACUACAGCGCCCAACAUGUGGUGCCAGGUGCCGCCUUUACAUCACCUCCGCCCCCGUACCCGGGCGUUGCCGGCCCCUACCCCAGCCGACCGCCGCCGCCACCUCCGCCGCCGCUGCAGCAGAUAUUGCCCAACGAUCUCCGCUCGCCCAUCAUGACGUCUGGCCCCGUCGCGUCGCCGUAUCGGCAGACGCCUACGUCGUCAAUCAGCGCGGCCAGCGGCAGCGGCUAUCCCUUCCCGCCGCAACAGCAGACGCCGACUAGCCCUGUGCAACGACACCAAUACCCGCCGCCCACGAGCGCCUACCACCGAGAAAGCUAUCCCCAGCCGUCGGGCCACGGCGGUAUGACAGGCCCGCCCGUUGCUGCCUCGUAUAUGCAGGGGCAGCAAAUGCCCCAGACGCCUCCGGUCGGAACUCCAGCCGGUCCCCAGCCCUAUCUACAACGGUCGCAGUCAGCGCACUCGACGCCGACGUCGACGUCGGCGCAGGGCCAGCCAGUGCAGUAUGGAGCUCCGUUCGCCCAGGGGAGCCCUGGGGCGCCGGCGCAUCCCCUCCCUCAAAUGGAUCCUCAACAGCGCCAAUCGUCUCAACCCCCCACUCCAAUCGCGGGUCCUUUGUCUGGCCCUCGCCCGUCGCAAACAUUAGGUUACGGACAACCUUCGAGCCCGUACCAACAACGUUUGCCCUCUGCUCCAACAUACCAUGUUCCUCCCUCGCAGUCGUCGCCGCCACCGCCCCCCCCACCUGCGCUACCAAGGCAUCCCAGCAGUCAAAGUCUUUACGACCCACACAGUCAAGACUCGCUCCGCAGAUCCCAGUCACACAGUGAAAGGGAUCGAAGUCUCAGUGUCAGUCCAAAAACGCAGAUUCCAAGUCUGCCCAGCAGCUCUGGCCGCCCCAGCACCUCACUUCCCGACUCAGAAUCCCGUUACCACCCAAUCCAGCCCGCCCCUGCCAUGCCUUCGGCCGUCGAGCCCGACCGAGACCGCGAGCGCGGUGUCACGCCAGGAAAGCGCAAGCUCGACGACCGCGAACUGCGCCCCGACGAGCUCGAGAAGCGCGACGUACGCCCACCGCCGUUUGAGGGUGUUAACGGCCGCCACGGCGACGCGGCCCCUCCCGCGCCUUUCCACGCCAUGCCCAAGAAAGGAGAGAAGAACCUCAAGGUCUACCAGACGCCUCCCAUCUGGGCUCAGACGGCACAAAAAGGUCGCAUCCUAGCCAACCCUAACCGCGUAAUCUACCGACCAGUCGUCCACAGCCACAGCACCCAAGUCAACGGCAAGCCCGACAGCCGACUUCCCAGCCGGCACACCUCGCCAGAGGAUAAGCGCGCCAUACCGCCGACCCAGGUCGCUCCUUCUGCCCCGCCCCCAGCACAGCCCCCAGCGCAGGCCCUGCCCGAACCCGCGCCGGCCCUCGGCCCUCUAGGGGAGUGGGAGGCCAGCAUCACAAAUGCCAUACCGCAAGAAGCAAUGACCAAGGUCAUCGCGGAUUUCCUGUUCAAACAUGUCGUCCUAAACGAGGACAUGAACGAGAUACAGAGCCGCGGAGUCCAGUUCGAAAUAGAGGCAAAGCUGGGCACCCUGAUCGACAGGAGCACAAGCCAACGAGUGAACCUGCCCGUCCUUUCGGACUGUGUGCUCAAUGAUUCCGGCAACUGGCUCAAUUUUCGGAGUAGUAUGACGGAGCGCCAGCACAAGCUCUUCAACGAGUUUCUAAACCAAAUGGUCGUCCUCACCCAUCCAGACAACAAGGAAGUCAAUGCCGGCCGCUCUCGACGGCGCGUCCCUAUCAUGUACAAGCACCGUCGCGAGGUGGACAAGUUCUUCGAGCUUCCUUCACAGGUCCGCGAUCAGAUGCUGCCCGCCUGCGUCGCAAACCUCGUUGCUGCGCGACAGCACGCAGCCAAGGUCCGCAUCACAUACGACCAAAAGACAAACGAGGUGCUGGCCAAGAUCAUCAAGGCGCGCGUUGCCGACAUCAGCAUACACUUUCCCGACUCCCCUCUGGAUUGCCGCAUCAGCAUCAAUUUGGAAAUGGAUUGGGACGGCCCCAUCGACAAGCUCGAGAAUGACGGCCGCGCCCCCAUACCUCACCGCAAUAAGGACAGGCUCAGCUACACCCACAGCCACUAUCAAGUGGACCUCACCCAAGUGACGCAGAUGGUACCGGGGGCCAAUAAUACCCAACGCCAGGACAAGGAGCACGAGCUCGAGAUCGAGGUGGCGCCCCAGGUGCUAAUCAACCAAGGCCGCGCGGCCAUGGACAACCAGCCACACCAGUACGUCGAGCUGGUGGAGGGGCUGCUCAACAACAUCCGGGUCCUGACCCGCAAGGCCAAGGAUUUCGGCAUGUCUGGGUGA